AAUUUAACGACUUCUUUCUGGCAACUGAGCAAGGAAGGGAAUGACAAAUGGAUGUACGGAGAAUUUCCAGUUCAAGGUGGACUCAUGCAUAGAAGAAUGCAUGCUCAUUGGAAAGACUGCUAUUUCGAUUCCCACGAUUGCAUUAUAAAUAAGACGUCUUUCAAGUACGUGGUCACUCCAAACGUAACCGCACGCUCUACAAUGAAGUAUCAUACGGUCGCUCGCAGUCUUAGUAUCCUUGCAAUAUGUUUCUUACUAACCAACACGGUUGAAGCAUAUCUCGUGCAUAUAUAUGCCACCGAUGACUCCUAUUGGAACCCAAUUGAUACCUGUGUACCAUACGUAACAAAUUGUGACGGCCACGGGACUAAGCUAUGCAACGGUCAAGAAGCAAUCUGCGCCGGUGGCACACUAUUGGAUUGCGAGGUACCAGAUGAUCAGUGGUCUUGUGCUCACGUGAAGAAAACCAACGUCGGCACUGGAGAUGUGUACUACGCAACCGACAAAGCUUCGUGUUUUGCAUACAAAGGUUAUGAAAACGGCGCUUGGGAAUUUCAUCAAGUAGAUUGUACUUAA